UGACACACACAGAGAAAUUAAACACGAAUCGAAGAAAUGCAGGAUAUACAUUCCAUUGAAAGCAGCGGCGGAGGAGGGAGGUUGUUCGCCGCCGGAGGUGGAGACAGACGGUUGAGGCCGCACCACCACCAGGAUUUGAAAUGUCCUCGUUGCGAUUCUUCAAACACAAAAUUCUGUUAUUACAACAACUACAACCUCUCUCAGCCACGCCACUUCUGCAAAAGCUGCCGACGCUACUGGACCAAUGGCGGUGUCCUCCGCAACGUUCCGGUAGGUGGCGGUAUCCGUAAAGCCAAGCGAUCCGGCAAACCGAAAUCCAAGACAAGUGUCCCUUCCUCUGCCGUUGCCGCAGAUCCCUCAGAUCUAGAGCACAAGUCUUCGAAUUCGGAAAACUCUAGCAGUGGCAGCUGUAGCCGUACAGCCAACACGACGGCAACCGCCACGCCUAUGACCACGGCGGAGGUGUCAGGGAGUAAUUCAACAAACUCAACACCGCCGAUGUUGCUUAAUUUUAACGAAUCGUCCACACGAUUCCUCAAUGUCGCCGAUCCUCCAAUUUUAAAGCAAUCAUCGGAGAUUGUGACAUUUGGAAGCUUAAUGAGCUCAUGGACGGAUGAAUUACCUCAAGGCAUUCAGAAAACAGAGAACGAGAUGCAGAGGGAUUGGGAAGAGAAUGAAGGAUUGUUUGAUCAAUCUUACUGGAGUCAAAAUCAGUGGAAUGAUGAUGAUGAUCAUCAUCUUCUUAAUUACCUUCCUUAAUUAACAUCUUCAAGGUAACUUAAGGAUAUAAUACAUAUAUAUAUAUAUAUUAAUUAUGUUGCUUGAUUAUUGUU